AUGAGACUUACCGAAGACGAGGUCAUGGUGUCAUUCGACGUCACCUCUCUUUUCACCUCGAUCCCGCAAGACCUGGCAAUCGAAACGGUCAGCGAGCUGCUCGAGAGUCAGUACGACGAGACGGACGUGACGGUAAAAAGGAGACAUCUCGUCCAAUUGCUGAGACUCUGCCUGAAGACGUACUUUACCUUUGAAGGCACGACCUACGAGCAGGUUAAGGGGACGCCAAUGGGAUCGCCUCUCUCGGGCUUCAUCGCAGAGGCAGUUCUCCAAAAAGUAGAGACCCUCAUUUUCUCAACCUAUAAGCCGAAAUUUUGGGCUCGAUAUGUCGAUGAUACCUUCGUUAUCAUUAAGCGGAAAAUGGUCAAGGAAUUCCAUGAUGUCCUGAACUCUGUUUUCCCUGACAUCCAGUUCACAAUGGAGGCGGAAGUCAACAAUCAACUCCCGUUCCUGGACGUUCUCGUCCAUUGA